CAAAUCAGAUCGCACUUAAACAAAAGAAGACCAAAACACAGAGAGCCCAACAGGGAAAAACAAUAUAGGCCAAAUCCAACCAUCAAAGGACAGACAAAUAGUAGGGCCCUCCCACCAUUCUUCUGCACAGUGAAUAUAACUAACACCAUUUCCUCAUUUUUCAGUUUUCCUUACAUCUCUUGCCAUUUGCUCUGCCACUCUCUCCCCAUUCAAAUUCAAUCAAUUUAUCAAUCAAUCAGGCCAAAAAAAAUGUCAGGAACUGAUGAAGAAAUUGUCCAAGACAAAGGUGUUGUCGAGGCUGAGCUACAAGAGAAUGUUCAUCAAGAAUCUCCAAAGGAGGACACUGGAGAUGUCAAGAAGAUUGAGGAACAUCCGAUGCCAUCUCCUCAACAACAGGAGGAAACUAUCAAGAAAAAGUAUGGAGGGAUUUUGCCAAAGAAGAAGCCACUGAUUUCAAAGGACCAUGAACAUGCAUUUUUCGAUUCUGCUGAUUGGGCAUUGGGAAAGCAAAAAGGCCAGAAACCCAAAGGACCACUAGAGGCACUCCGACCAAAGUUGCAGCCAACAUAUCAGCAAACUCGUUCUAGGCGCUCAGCUUAUGCUCCUGCUGACAGUGAAGAUAAUCCCAAAUUGUCAGGUGCAGAUCAUGAUGGCACUGGAGAUGAUGACAACAUCGAAAAGGUUGCUCCUGAGGUUCAGAGCCACGAAUAAGCUUCGUCUACAGUUAAUCGUGUACAAAAUGAUAAAAACACCUCCAUUGUUGGAAAAAAGAGAAAAGGGAAACUGUUUUCCUAUAAGUGCAGAUCAUUCUACUAUAAAAGAUACACAGCUUUAGCUGAAACACCUAAUAGAGGGAUAUUGUGUGAUGUGUACUCUUACUUGAUCAACUGUUACUGUAAUUGCAAGACAUGCUGAAGUUUGAAUCUUAAGAAGGUUUUCUAGCUAAUGCAGUUCUCGUAUCUGCGAGAAUUAAUUAGUUAGUUUUGCUGAAACUAGUAUUAACAUUUCUCUUAUCUUUGACUCAAAUUUCUUA